GCAUAAUUCAUUUAGAGAAGGAGGAGAAACAGAAUAAAAGUAAGUGAAUACAUACUAAAGGUUUGAGACAUGUUGGAACAUUCUGUGGGAACAAAAGGCGAAACUUUCUAAGGAUGUGGAAGUCACUGUUGUUUGUCAUCGUUCUCUCAGGACCAUCUGCUGUGUCCAAAAGCAUCCGCAAAGAGUACCACUACGUGAGCAUGUCAAAGACCUGGGCUGAUGCUCAGAGUUACUGCAGAAAGAUGUUCACUGACCUGGCCACCGUAGAAAACCAAGACGACAACAGCAAGCUCCUAGGUGUAAUCCAGAGCCAUGAAAAAUUUGCAUGGAUAGGGCUUUAUGAUGACCUGAAUAUAUGGAAGUGGUCGCUGGGAGAUCUAAACUUCAACACCAGAGAAGAUUAUGAAAACUGGAAUCUAUGGGAGCCUGACAACAAGAAUGGCAUGGAGAACUGCACCGUAGUUUCAGGGAGCGGGCGUUGGUUUGAUGUCCCAUGCAUGUCUGAAUAUCCCUCAGUCUGCUUUAAUAAACAAGGUCUACCCAGGUACAUUUUAGUGGAGACUAAGCAGACUUGGAACCAGGCAAGGCAAUACUGUAGGUCUAAUUACACAGACCUCGCCAGUGUGAUGAACAGCUUUGACAAUUAUAUGAUCGACCUACUGCUGUCAGAGAACUCCUGGAUCGGUCUCCACAGAGACAAAUGGGCUUCCUGGUCUGAUGGGAAGCCCACCACCUUCACUAACUGGAACGAGAGCCAGCCUGACAACAGUGGGAAAUCUGCGUCAUCGUGUGCUGUGGUCAACACAACCACGGGAACGUGGUGGGAUGUUAACUGUUGGGAUUACCACUAUUUUAUCUGCCAAAAAGUACAUCCCAUACCUGAGCGCAAAACGUCAUUCAAGUUAAAGUUCCAGUCUGAGGCCGACCUGAAAGACCCUGCUGUUCAGCAGCAGAUUUUAGAGCAGCUGCAUGCUAACCUGGAGAAACAUGGAUUACCAGACUUUAAACUCCGCUGGAUUCAGACUGAUGAGCAGGCUUUUCAUAAGGAGCAAAAGAGGGAGAAAGAGAAAGAGUCAGGUUGCUGAGCGGGUCACUGUGCAGAAGACAUGAUGCUCUUCCUACAAAUGAACACUCUUAACAACAAAACUGAUUUAACUGCUAAUGUAACACAAUGUUUUAGUUCUGUUUUCAGUUUGAGGGUCACUUCAUAUUUUCUACACUGUCAGUGGUAGUAUGUGUUAAUGUUUGUGUGUUCAUGUAAUUGGUUGCAUAUUAUUUUUUCAUUAAAAUGUGUUUUUACAGGAUUUUUUGCGUGUUUGCCAUAAGAAUGGUGAAAACAGACUUCAGAACAUGUAGUGAGGCUUUGAAAUGAGUUCAAAAUAUAAACACAUGUAUGUGAUAUUUAUUUUAUGGGUGCUUGCUGAGUCUUUUGAAAUGUCUUUUUGUCAGACUUUUAAUACUUGAUGUUUAGCAGCAGUCUUUGAAAUGCAUAGAUGAUCCUGUUAAUGAUCAGCAUCGUAGUCAGCAAUUAGUUGUGAUUCUUAGUACAUCUCUUACAAUGUGUUUUAUAUCUAUGUAGCAAAGGUCUUUUAUGUGUGUGCUAA